UGUUCAGCGUGGAUGGGAAUGAGCUGCUGGGUUGGAAGCCACACCGACGCUGCCAGAGGUGAGAUUGCUUGCAGUGUCAUCCAUCAGUGCCCAGCAGUGUCGCCUGUCAGUGCCCAGCAGUGUCGCUCAUCAGUGCUGCCCAUCAGUGCCAUCCAUCAGUGAUGCCCAGCAGUGCCAUCCAUCAGUGCCCCAGCAGUGUCGCCUGUCAGUGCUGCCCAGCAGUGCCACCUGUCAGUGCUGCCCAGCAGUGCCACCCAUCAAUGAUGCCCAGCAGUGCCAUCCAUCAGUGCCCGGCAGUGUC